AUGCUCGCCCCCGGCUCUGCUGUGACGUUAGAACAGGGCUGGCAAACAACAAGGGCAAUGGGAAGCCACCAGAAUGUGAAGAAAUUUAAUAAUCAGGACUUCAACCGCCUGCAAGCCUUCUGCCUGAGCCAAGGACUGCUUUUUGAGGAUACCACCUUCCCUGCUCACGUCAGCUCCAUUGGUCCCGACCUGCUCCCACAGGAUACGCUGUAUCAAAUACAAUGGAAGAGGCCAACUGAACUUCUGAGAAAUCCUUGUUUGAUCAUGGAUGGAGUUAGCAGAUUUGAUAUCAUGCAAGGAGAAAUAGGUGACUGCUGGAUGCUGGCUGCCCUGGGCUCCCUGACACUGCGGAAGCAAUUUGUGGAAAAUGUUUUACCAAGGGACCAAGGAUUCCAGGAAGAUUAUGCUGGGAUUUUUCACUUCCGGUUCUGGCAAUAUGGAGACUGGGUGGAUGUAGUGAUAGAUGACCGGUUGCCAUUCCUAAACGGAAGAUACCUGUCUGUACACCCUCGAACAUCAAAUGAAUUCUGGCCGUCCUUGCUGGAAAAAGCAUAUGCCAAAUUGCAGGGCUCCUACCAGAACUUGCAUGGAGGCUACAUUUCUGAUGCUUUAGUAGACCUCACAGGUGGAGUCCAAAUGCAGUUUUCAUUGAAGGAUCCCCCUCCUGAUCUGGAGGAGAUACUGGAAGCAGCUGACAAAUCUCAGUGCCUGAUGGGGUGUAGCACCUCAGGCCAGCUGAGAAGGAACAUAGAGCUGAGGAAUGGGAUUGUACAGGGUCAUGCUUACACUGUCACAGGAGCUGCAAAGAUACGCUACAAGAAUGGCUGGAAACAUAUCAUCAGAAUCUGGAAUCCAUGGGGCCAUGGGGAGUGGAAGGGGCCCUGGAGUGAUGGCUCUCCUCAGUGGGACCAUGUUGAGCCUCAAUGCAGAGAAGCUCUCCUCAGAAAUAAGGACGAUGGAGAAUUCUGGAUGUCCUGUGAAAACUUCCAGGAGCAGUUUUCCUGGCUGUAUAUAUGUAACAGCACCCCAACGUUUUUGGACUUUGGAGAUCAGCACUGCACAACAUGGUCUGUAGAGAGGCACAUCAGCCUGUGGAGCCCGGUCCUUGUCACCGGCAGGAACAACUAUUCCCCAGCAGGUGCAGUUUCAACAAACCCUCAGUAUUUUUUCAAAGUACCAGAUUAUGACCCAAAAUCCUAUAAUGUAGUCAUUUCGCUUAUGCAAAAACAUGCCAAGGAUAUGAAGGGUGCAAAAAUCCUGAAGAUUGGCUUUUUUAUCACCACGGAGAACUCCAGAGUCCUGAAACAGAAUUUUUCCCUGAUUCGAGAUGUGACCAGCUGCUUUAUCUUGAGCCCAGGAACCUAUGCUGUUGUUCCUUCUACAACAGAGGACCAAGAAUUUGAAUUUCUCUUACGAAUUUUCAUGAAGAACCAAGGCGACAAUGAGAUCACAAACUCCCUGCCCAGCCCAGCGUUGCCUAUGGAUGUACCAAGACAGAACCAGGAUAGUUCCUACAAGGCUGUCUUCCUAAGAUACGCGAAGCAGGGCUCAACUAUUGAUGCCUUGCAGCUGCAACAACUCCUUAAUGAAGUGAUCCUGCAAGAUGAAACAACCAGCCUGGGAGGAGGGUUCAGCUUCGAUUCAUGCAGAGGCAUUUUAGCUCUGAUGGAUUUCAGCUCAAAUGGACAACUCACACUGCAGGAGUUCAGGAGCCUCUGGCGAAGUCUCACUAAGUACAUGGAUAUCUUCAGCAGAGCAGACAGAAAUCAUUCUGGAUUUCUUGAUGUGUAUGAACUGAAAAGUGCGAUACAGGCAGCAGUGUGUCCCCACAGUGCUGCUGUUCCUCUUCCCUCCGCAGGUCUGGUCACUGACGAGCAGCUCCUGCGCCUGUUGGCCUUACGGUAUGGUGAUGCUGCCAGGAGAAUUGGCUUUUCUGACUUCGCGUGCUGCAUGCUGCGCCUUGAAACCAUGACCCAUGCAUUUCAAAACUUAGCGGAGGGCAGAUCACAAAUUUUGGUGACAGCAAUGGAGUGGCUGACUCUUGUCAUGUACACUUAA